AUGGUGGAGAUUCGGAAGAGUAAGAGGGAGGAGAGCUUGCUGAAGAAGCGCAAGGAGGGGAUGCAAGCAGUAAUAGAUCUUCCCAAGAUUCCUGUUGCUACGGUCGAGAAGAAGCUUGAAAGCCUUCCUGCCAUGGUUCAAGGCGUGUGGUCAGAGGAUCCGCAAACGCAGGUCGAAGCAACCACACAGUUUCGGAAGCUGUUAUCGAUUGAACGUAGUCCCCCAAUCGAGGAAGUCAUCAAAGCCGGGGUCGUCCCUCGGUUCACGCAGUUUUUGCAGAAUUACGAACUUCCACAGCUUCAGUUUGAAGCUGCGUGGGCCUUGACCAAUAUUGCCUCCGGUACUUCAGACCACACCCGUGUGGUGAUUGAGCACGGCGCAGUUCCUAUCUUCGUCCAGCUUCUCAGUUCGCCCAGCGAUGAUGUUCGGGAGCAGGCUGUCUGGGCUCUGGGGAACAUCGCGGGAGACUCCCCCAAGUGCAGAGAUUUGGUUCUUAGCCACAACGCUAUGGGUCCGCUCCUCGCGCAAUUGAACGAGAACUCGAAGCUUUCCAUGCUUCGCAACGCGACGUGGACCCUUUCGAACUUCUGCCGCGGAAAGCCCCAGCCUCCUUUUGAACAGUCCAAACCUGCUCUGCCCGCUCUUGAGCGGCUUAUUCACUCCACCGACGAGGAGGUCUUAACGGAUGCCUGUUGGGCUUUGUCAUACCUAUCGGAUGGCACCAAUGACAAGAUUCAGGCAGUCAUAGAGGCUAAUGUGUGCCGAAGGCUGGUUGAGCUUCUCUUGCAUCCUUCGCCUUCCGUCCUCAUCCCUGCCCUUCGUACCGUGGGCAACAUCGUCACCGGGGACGAUGAUCAGACACAGGUCAUCAUCAACAACAAUGCCUUGCCAUGCCUGCUAGCCCUCUUGACCACCAACCAUAAGAAGAGCAUUAAGAAAGAGGCCUGUUGGACAAUCUCCAACAUUACUGCUGGGAACAAGGAACAGAUUCAGGCUGUUAUUGACGCCAACAUAAUCCCUCCUCUCCGGCAUUUGCUUGAGACUGCUGAGUUCGACAUCAAGAAGGAGGCUGCUUGGGCGAUCUCCAAUGCUACUUCAGGCGGUACACAUGAUCAAAUCAAGUAUCUGGUCUCCCAAGGCUGCAUUAAGCCCCUGUGCGACCUGCUGUUGACGUCGGAUGCAAGGAUUGUUACGGUGGCGCUUGAGGGGUUGGAGAACAUUCUUAAGGUCGGGGAAGCUGAGAAGGAGCUGGGUCACACAGGAGGGAUUAACCUGUACGCCCAGUACAUUGAUGAAGCAGAAGGUUUGGAGAAGAUUGAGAACCUCCAGACGCAUCAGAACAACGACAUUUAUGAAAAGGCUGUCAAGAUCCUGGAGACCCGCGGCUUUGCGCGCCCCGCGACGAACGCGAAGCAGCAGCAGCGAUACAGUAGCUUGUGGUUGCCGUUAUACCCCCUCGCAACUGCCGCUGCUCUGGUUGCUGCUGCUGCUGCUGCCGCUGCCAUGGCGCAGUCAGCAGCACCACCACCGCCCGCGCGCGUGGCAGUGGCGGACGCGGCGGCUGAUCCUGCUCCUGCCUCCGCUCCUUCUGCUCCUGCUGCUUCUGCUGUCUCUGCUCCUGGUGCCUCAGUCCCGGCAGCUUCUGCAUCAAAUGCUGGUUCCGGUGCUGCAGAAGCGCCCAACCCUGCGGCUACUUCUGCGACUAUCCGUGUUGCUGUUCCUGCUGUUGCUGCUGGUGCUGCUGUUGCUGCUGGUGCUGCUGUUCCUGCUGCUGCGGCUGCCGCUGAGCCGAAGUACACUCCCUUGGAUCGCCUGUCCGUGCUGGUCGAGGCGGGGGAUCCGCAGUUCCGUGGAGGCUUCACUCUGUGUUUCUGGAUGCGCAUAGCGCCCGAGUCUCCUAGUGGGGUGGUCAUCCGACAGGGUCGACCCAAUGCGCCAGCGACACUCCCCUUCCUCACGCUGGGUCCCGACCGGCGCCUCUCUUUGCAUCCCCGGCCUCCUGCCGACCUGCUAGACGUGGCAGCCGCAGCAGCGUCACAGGGGGGUGGAGGGAAAAGGGAUGUGGGAAAAGCGGACGCGGGGAAAGGGGACGCGGACGCGGGGAAUGGGGACGCGGGGAAGGGGGGCGCAGGGAAGGAAGACGCGGGGAAGGGGGACGCGGGGGAGGGGGACGCGGGGAAGGGGGACGCUUGGAAGGGGGACGCGGGGAAGGGGAAAGGGAUGGUGCUGACAGCGGACAGGGCGUGUGGUGAGGGGGAGUGGGUACACGUGGCAUGUGAGGUGCACCGGCAUCCGCAUGCAGCUCGCCUGUACAUCAACCGUGCACAGGCAGCACAGCACACGGCUUCCUCCGCCCCUCUCCACGCCUCUGCACCUGCUGCAGAGACGGCCCCCCUGCUUCUUACAGGCGGUGAUGGUCCAACAGGGGCCGGGGCAGUGGGGGGAGGAGGGGGAGGAGGAGGGGUGCACGCGCUCGUGCACCAUGUGAAGCUGCUGCACACUGCAGAUGUCGCCACUCAUUAUGCUGAGAACCCUCCAGUGGAGCAUGCUGCAGUACGCCCUCGGACCCCCACUGGGCUUGCCCGUGCUGCUGCUGCCGCUGCCGCUUCUGCCACUGCACAAUCAGCCAUAGCAACAGCAGCAGGAGCAAGAGAAGUGGUUGGAAUCCCUGAGCCUGCUUCACAACCAAAGGGAGUGCAAGGAAGGAGGGAGGAGGGGGAAGGGGUGAGUGUGGGAGCAGGUGCUGCUAGCGGGGCUGGAAAGCAGGCGAUGCGUGCGGGGAAUGCUGGUAGUGCUAAGUCUGCCGGUGAAGCAGGGGUUGAUUUGGAGCACAAAGCGGCAGGUGGGAAAGACGGCAGCCUUGGGGAUGCUGCUGGUGGUAGUGGAGUUGAAGGUGCAGGAGGAGGUGAUGAGAAAGAGCAGCAGGAGAAGCGGAGCAGACCAGCAGAUCUGGGGAAGGAGAAGACGGCGGGAGCAGGGACGGUGAGCGGGGAGGAUAGAGAAGGGGAAGGAGCUGCGAGGGAUGCAGUCAGAGGGGCAGGAGUGCAAGGUGCUGCAGGUGGGGGGGUUUCUAGCCAUGCUGGUAAUGCUGGCGGCAGUGGUGGUGGCGACAGGAGUGUCAGUGGUAGCAGCACUGCAGCAGGUGAUCCAGCCUCUGUCGAGCCUGCUGCUAAGAGGCUCAAAGGGGCCCAUGAUGCAUCCACGCCUCCUCCCUCUCACACUCCACCCUCUUCCGCAUCUGCUGCUGCCGCAGCAGCUUCUGCUCCUGUCACCCGUGGUGGUGCUUCAGGUGAUGCUUCAGGUGAUGCUGGUUCAGGUGUGGUUUCAGGUGGAAAGCCACGUGCGCCCAUGUCGAUGACAGCUGUUUUGGCUGCAGCCAAGUCUCAGGCCGGGGUUGCAUCUGGAUCGGCAAGCAGGACAGGAGGGCAGCCUACUUCAGCAGCAGCAGCUUUGGCGGGAAAAGAAGACACGCCAAAGGAGAAGGUAGGGGAAGGUGUUAGAAUGAGAGAAAAGCUGGGGGAGAGAAGAGAGGUGGGGGGUGCAGGGGGGAAGAGCGUGCGAGACAGGGAGAAGGAGAAGCGUGCUGUGGAGAAGGCAGGGGGAGGCAGAGCAGGGUGCACCGGUCACAACAGUAACAACAGUAGCAGCAGCGGCAACAUCAGCGUCCGGCUUGCUUUGUCCUCUGCUGCUCUGCACUCUCCACAGCUGCUCCCUCUCCUCCCACUGCUCCCUGGCGGGUCUGCCUCGCAGGCAGCGCCACCAACCAAGGAGGAGCUCUCUGCUGUGGUCUCCUCCCUGCCUGCCAGCCACGCUGCUGCCGCUGCUGCUGUCGCUGCCGCCGCCGCUGCCGCUGCUGCUGGAACUACCAGUGGCCGGCUCACCCCGCCACCUCUCUCCUCGCUCUUCCCUCCUCUGCCACUCCCUUCCGCUGCCGCCACUGCUGCUGCAGAUGCUGCUGUAUCCUCCCUUAUCUCCGCGUCAAUGACAGGGGUCGGAGCAGCAACCCUCCCGGCCUCCAUGUCUCCCUUCUCCCUCAUGCUGCCACCCAGCUUGGCUCCCCAUUUGGCCUCUCAUGGAAUAGCCGCCGCUGCUGCUGCAGCAGCAGCAGCAGCAGCAGGAGCAGGAGCAGGAGGGCCAGGAGGACCUGGAGGGUCAGUGCUGCUGCCCCCUGGGUUUCCGCACCACAUGAUGCACCUGCCGCACCCAGCAACACCGCAUCCUUACUUCUUCCGCCCGCCCAAUCCCGCUGACCCUGCUGCUGCUGCCGCUGCUGCUUCCGCCGCUGCUGCUGCUUCCCUGUUUGCCUAUGGGCUUGCCCCCGCGCCCUUCCUCCACAUGCCCCCUGCCGCUGCUGCUGCUGCUGUCGCCGCUGCUGCUGCUUCUGCCGCUGCUGCUGCUUCUGGGGGUGGUGGGGGUGCUGGUGGCGGUGCUGGUGGCUUGGUUGGGUCUCUGACAGGAAACUCUAAGGAUGUUGCUGCGGCAGGAAGCGAGGGCGGUAGAGCAGGUGGAGACAGUCGCGAGGGGAAAGGCAUGAGUGGGGAGCGAGGAGGAGGAGGAGGGGGGGAAGGAGCAUCAAGGGGUAUGGGAAGGCAAGCAGGAGCGGGGGGAGCAGGGGCUACAGGCGGUGCAGGGGGAGCAGGGGGAGCAGGGGGGGCAGGAGGAGAAGAAGGGGGAGGAAGGGGAGGAGGAAAGAGGGAAAGUGAGGGUGAUGGUGGUGGGCGUGCGGCUGUGAAGCGGCCAUGUGUGGAUUUGAACGGUGAGGCCAAGGCAGACAGUGAAGAGAGUGGGGAAGCGGCGGAUGGAGAGAAGGUGGGUGUUAUGAAGAUGCGGGAGGGGGAGGAGGAGGAGGAGGAGGAGGAGGAGGAGGAGGAGGAGGAGGAGGAGGAGGAGGAGGAGGAGGAGGAGGAGGAGGAGGAGGAGGAGGAGGAGGAGGAGGAGGAGGAGGAGGAGGAGGAGGAGGAGGAGACGGUGGGGGAGGCGGAGGGGGAGGCGGAGGGGGAGGGGGAGGGGGAGGUGGGAGUGGUGGGGCCGUGGGCACGUGCAGAGUUUCUCAAGGCUGUGGUGGGGCGCGUGGGGCGCGAGGAGAUUGCUCGCAUGGGCAGUAGGGUGGCUGAGAUCACAGGGUGCCGACACCAGGGCGACCAAGUGGGCAUGGCUUGGGCGCUGCUGGGGGAGGAGGCGCGCAUAUGGCAGGCCAUAGCAGGCGGGGCGGGCACGGGCACGGGUGCAUGGGGCAGGGCAUGCCAGCACCUGGAGGCAGCGCUGCUGCAGUCCCUGGGCAGCCUCGCCAGGCGGUUCACUCUCAAGGACAAGGAACACCUGCAGCGAGUGGCAGGGUGCGGGGACACAGUAACGCGGGAGCAGUGGGAGCGCGUGUGGCGGUGGUUCUACCCUCUCGUGCUUGCUCUCUCGCGCCCGCACUUGCGCCCGGCGUGGCUGUCGCUCUCACCCCUGUGGAUCAUGGGCUCUGUCACCAGGGACGAGGCAGAGACUCUGCUGCUGGAGAAAGCGGUGAGAGGGGAAGUGAGUGAGACGGGGAGAGGGGAAACGAUUGAGAUGGGGAGAGGAUGGGAGGAUAAUUGGGGGAGGGGAGGGAGGAGGAGAGUGGAAGGGGGGGGAGUGGGGGGCGUGCUGGGAUUCGGAAGUGGAGGGAGUGGGGAUGAGGAACAGCGGGUGGUUCGUUGGGGCAGUGGUCCAUCCCAGGCGGAGGGCCCAUCGCCCCCCUCCUCUGCCUGGUACCUCGUGCGCUUCCCCUCGCCCGCCACUGCAUGGCCACACCCCGAUGCGGGCUCGCUUGUUGUCAGCUUCACUACCACCCAGGGGGCGAUGCAAGCAGGGGGGGCAGCGGCAGCAGGGGGAGCAGGGAGCGGGGGGGCAGGACCAGCAAGAGGAGCGGAGGCAGGGGUGCGUGUGCAGCACAGGCUGCUGUGCCUGCAUGCUGAUGCUGAUGCGGCUGGCCUAUCACCUGAUGCCACGUGUCCUCCAGACAGGCCCCUCCCACACCUCCUCCAAUCAGAGCCCCAGCUAGGCCAGCUGCUACCUCCCCCACCUGCACCCUCCCCCUGGGCUCUCAGUGAAUGGGAGUCCGCUGCUGCUCUCCCUCCCCCUCCCCACCUCAUCCUCCCCCUCCCCGCUCCCCCCUCCUUAUCUGAGGGGGGGGAUGCUGGCACUGCUGGGGGAGUGCGGGAGAACGUUGGGGGGACGCUUGGGGGAGGGAUGGGAGCUGGGUCUGCAGCAACGCAGUCUGCAGGAGCAGCAAUGGUACCACCACCACCACCACCAGCAGCGGCGGCGGCGGUGGCAGCAAGCAGACUCCACCCGCCUGCCAUGCCCAACUUCCGAGUCCCUCCCUCUCUUGCCGCCACUCCGCCACCGCCCAUUCCUCAUUUGCCAACCGCUAAUACCUCCUCUGCUGCCUCUGCUGGCACCCCUGCCCCUCCUGCUGGCCAUGUGCCCCUGCGUGCCCCUGCUCCCACUCCCCACUCUGCUUCUCCCUCAGCCACCUCCCUGGCAGCUUCAUAUGCCAACUCUGCUGCAGUAGCCCCCUCACACACGUCCCCCGCCCCACCCACGGCCACCCGCAUUCCUGCUUCGCCAGCAACAGCAGCGGCGGCACUCUCUUCUGCCCGCCCUGGCUCAGCUCCGGUUCCUCCUCCCCAUCUCUCUUCCUCUCACCCUGCUCCCUCACACUCCCUCCCGCCCACAGCCCAUCCUCAUGCCUCCUCCACGCGCCCACCCAACAGCAUCCCGCUCCCCGCGCACCACUCCUCGCUCUCCUCCCUCAAAUCCCACCCCCUCCCCUCAUCAUCUUCUUCCACCUCAGCCCAGCAGCACGAGCUGUCCUGGCCCUUAGAAUCUCCCCUUCUCCCUCCGCCAGAGUGCCUGGCGCUGGAGGAGCAGCGCAAGAGGCCUUUCCUGAGCAAGGAGCAACUGUGA